AAUUGAACCAACCGUGUUUUUUCUUUUGCGUUACAGCCUGCUUUCCAAAUCCCCAAUCACGUUACCUAGGUAAGUCUUCUUUCUCAUUCCAAAAUCCGACUCCUUUGUUACCGUCUGCUGCUAUUUAAUCUCUAAGAAAAUCCAUAUCUCCAAUUUGAAGUCUUAAGAGAUGGAAGAGGAAGAGGAACGUGACUAAGAAAAAUGUUUCGUUUCAAUUAUUUUCAGCUGAAACCAUGGACUCGUAUGUAUGGCCAAAUCAUUUGAAACUUUAGAUGUGCAGCAGCCUAAGAAAAGUUUUGUUUAUUGAGCUUCGUGAAGCUCCAAGCUAUGGCGUUUCUUUUUGGAAAUGAUAAACAUAGUACCAUACAUUUUUGCACAAAAAAUAUCUUUAUAUUAAUAACGACUUUAGCAUUAAUCGUUCUCACAGUUGUCCGUUUAGAUUACCCUUUUCUUUCUUACAAGAAUCCUGCAGAAAUUUCCCCUACAUACCAUGUAAAAGAUGAUUCAACAAAUUUUGAGCAUCGAAAUGAGAAGUGCGAUAUUUCUAUGGGAGAAUGGAUUCCGAAUCCCGAGGCUCCAUACUACACGAAUACGACGUGUAGGGCAAUACAUGAGCACCAGAACUGCAUGAAAUAUGGAAGGCCGGACGAAGAGUUCAUGAAAUGGAAAUGGAAACCCGAUGGCUGUGAUUUGCCUGUUUUCGACCCGUACGUGUUUCUUGAUAUUGUUAGGGGCAAGUCCAUGGCCUUUGUUGGAGAUUCUUUGGCUAGGAACCAUAUGCAAUCCUUGAUCUGCCUCUUAUCCAGGGUGGAGAAUCCCAUCGAUGCACAUUUUAAUGGUUCGGAGUAUUUGAGUUACAAUUUCACAAUUGCCCGGUUUUGGUCACCCUUUCUCGUGAAGUCCAAAGAGGAAAACUCUGAUCUUUUCAAUCUCUACCUCGAUGAAUUUGACGAAUCCUGGACAAACUAUAUAGAUAAAUUUGAUUACAUUAUUCUCAGUGCCGGGCAAUGGUUUCGCCGGCCAGCCAUGUAUUACGAGAAUCACCAGCUCGUGGGGUGCAACUAUUGCAAAAUUCCAAAUGUCACUAACUUUUGGAUAACUUAUGGCUACGAGAGGGCGUUCAGAACAGCUUUUAAAGCAAUAAAUACUUUAGGAAACUACAAAGGGAUAACCUUUUUAAGGACUUUUACACCAUCCCACUUUGAAAAUGGGGAGUGGAACGAGGGAGGGAAUUGUAUUAGACAAAGACCAUUUAAAAGAAAUGAGAGUAUUUUGGAAGGUAUGAAUAUGGAUUUUUACAUGAUUCAACUCAAGGAAUUUAGGGUUGCGAAAAUCGAAGGGAAGAAGAAGGGGUCGAGAUUUAGAUUGAUUGAUCCAACACGAGCUAUGCUAUUAAGGCCAGAUGGGCACCCCAGUAAAUAUUGGCGUUGGAUACCUGAGAAUGUGAAUGUGACUGAACUCAAUGAUUGUGUACAUUGGUGCUUGCCUGGGCCUAUUGAUUCGUGGGGUGAUUUCUUGCUUCAUCUGUUGAAGAUGGAUCCCUUGCUUGACCAAAGGGAUGAAUAUUAAAUUAUUGAUUAUAAUUUUCCGUGUAUGUAAUCGUUCUAAACAAAAAAUGAUUUUAUUAUAUAUCUCUAAGAGUAUGUAGUAGUGCGACCAAUAAUUAUUUUUCCAUGGAUAUUGAUUGCAAAAUUGAGGAUCGA